AUGACUCACUUGUCUGAGACUGAUGCGCGGGUCCUUGCCUGUGUCUUCGAGCCAGAAGGCAUUCCAGCAGGCACAAAAGUCUUUGUUGAUCCAAGCUUGCCCGAACACAACCAAAUUCAGGAUCACGAAGUGUUGCAGAACAUAGCGCGACGCGAGCGAGAAGCGAUCUAUCUCAUCGAGCAAUUCGAGAAAAGUGACAAGUUAGGAAACUCUUCGAAGCACGAGACGUUCGCAACCGCGAUUCAGAUUCUGGAUGAUUUGAUCAUGAGCCACCCAACGUACGCACCGGCGUGGAACGAUCGCGCGCAGCUCCGAAGAUGGCGGUACGGUGAUCACAACACCAUCUGUCAAGAUCAGGCGAGCAUCGACAGAGAGCGCGCCAAAAUGGGCUCAGAAGCUGUGACUGAUCUCAGAACGGCGCUGAGAUUAGCAUCAACUCCUCGGCCACAAGAUCCAGUAUCGCCAAAACAAGGACGGCUUCUUGCGCAAUCAUAUACCCAGCUAGGAGCUUUGCUUUAUGCUGCAUCAAGAGAUUUGAGUACGACGGAAAGCGUUGUCGUUGGUGCUGGGUUUGAAGAUUGGACACAAUCUCGGUUUGAGGAAGAGUCAUCAAAAGCCUUCUUUCUUGGAGGAACGUAUGGCAAUGAGGUAGCGAAAGCUCUCGCAGUGCAUACCAAUCCGCAUGCAAAGCUUUGCGGUAGCGUGGUCGAGGAGGCCAUUCGCCGGGAAGUUGCCUCCAAUGUGAUGUAG